UUCUUUAAAUAAAAGGAAAAUAAGAAAAAAAGAAAGAAAAAUGGGAUGUAUGUGCUCUGCAGUCUGCCCCCUCCAUCUCCACCAACCGCACCUACCACCAAACAAAGGCCGCCAUUUCCAAUGGUUGAAACUCGCAGCUUCUUCGCCUGUUCAAGGCUCACUCAAUACGAAUUCUUCCUAUUCUCCCGCUCGAAGAUUUCCCUCUCAAUUAUUCUUUUUCUUUUCUCUUCAAUCUCACCGGAAUGUCGUCUUCUUCCCCUGCCGUUCUUACUUGCAAAGCCGCGGUGGCUUGGGGACCUGGAGAGCCAUUGGUGAUUGAGGAGGUCCAACUGAGCCCUCCUCAACCUAUGGAGAUCAGAAUUAAAGUUGUUUGCACUUCUUUGUGUCGCAGCGAUCUCUCUGCUUGGGAAACUCAGGCUAUUUUUCCUCGCAUAUUUGGCCAUGAAGCAUCAGGCGUUGUUGAGAGUGUUGGUCCUGGAGUGACUGAAUUCAGUGAAGGUGAUCAUGUGCUUACACUAUUCACUGGAGAAUGCAAGACAUGUAGGCAUUGCACAUCAGGUAAAAGCAACAUGUGCCAAGUUUUGGGGCUAGAGAGAAGAGGUGUAAUGCAUAGUGAUCAGAAGACCCGCUUCUCUAUCAAAGGCAAACCAGUUUAUCAUUAUUGUGCGGUUUCAAGUUUCAGUGAAUACACUGUGGUGCACUCAGGGUGUGCUGUCAAAGUCAACUUGGCUGUACCUCUUGAGAAAAUAUGUCUUUUAAGCUGUGGGGUGGCCGCAGGUUUGGGAGCCGCUUGGAAUGUCGCUGAUAUAUCUGAAGGUUCAACUGUGGUGAUAUAUGGUCUUGGGACUGUAGGCCUAUCUGUUGCACAAGGUGCCAAAGUUAGGGGUGCAUCGCAAAUAAUUGGUGUUGAUAUUAAUCCUGAAAAGGGUGAACUAGCUAAAACUUUUGGAAUUACUCAUUUUGUUAACCCGAAGGAUUGCAAUGAAUCUAUUCAACAGGUCAUUAAUCGAAUUACUGAUGGAGGAGCUGAUUAUGCAUUUGAAUGUAUAGGUGACACAGGAAUGAUAACUACUGCUUUGCAGUCAUGUUGUCAAGGUUGGGGACUGACUGUUACACUAGGUGUCCCAAAAGUGAACCCAGAACUAACGGCCCACUAUGGAAUAUUUCUUAGUGGAAGAACAUUAAAAGGAUCCCUUUUUGGCGGAUGGAAACCAAAAUCUGAUCUCCCCUCAUUAGUAGACAUGUAUACCAAGAAGGAAAUUCAAAUUGAGGAGUACAUCACACACAACAUAUCCUUCGAAGAUAUCAACCAAGCUUUCAGUCUCAUGAAGGAAGGGAAGUGUUUACGUUGUGUUAUUCACUUACCAGCAUGAUUUUCAAUUUAAUUAAAUCCAUCUUCGAUGCUUUUAGCGAGUUCAACUUCCUGGUUUUCCAUGUCGGAAUAUAAUUGCUGUGAGUUCUGAUAUUUGUACCCUUCCUUAGAUUGAGAUAUUUUAAAGCUUUAUUAUUAUUAUUACUAGAAUGCAUAAACGUGUGUUGCUUGUGUCGAGUUUUCUUUCUUUCUUUCUUUUUUAAACAAUAUAUUUUUAUUAAAAGGAACAAACAAUAUAAUGUUAAAUUAAAUUAAGAAACAACAAUUUUAAAGCCAUCAUAAUUGAAUGAUUAAAAAAAAUAUUAGUUUUUAAACUAAUACAUUUUUAGUACAAUAAUCGUGGGGAUUAGAGAUCGAACUUUUGAUCACAUAUAAUUGUCCAUGUUUACCAAUAAUAUUUGCUUUCAAAUUUCAAUUAUUUUGUAAGUGUUAGCAAUCUUGUAUUAUCAUGUUGGCUAUUAAGCCUGCAAAUUUUUCAAAAUGUAUUACUAACAAUAUAGUUUAAAUAAAAAAUAGAGAAACUAUGACAAAUCUAAAAUUGAUUUAAGAUAUGAUUUUUUUUUUUAAAAAAAAAAAUUAAUGAUUGACAUCUAUUACUACAAAUGGAUCAACUUGGCACAAUCAAGUUACCAAAAAAUUAAAAAAAAAAAAAAUCUUUGCUUACCAAAUGCAUUUUGAAUGCAUAAAACUAUUUAUAGGAAAUGCAAAAUGCAACAAUAGAUAUAUUAUUUUUUAAGUAUCAUGAUGGAAUUUGAAAAGAGUAAUGAAUGAUACUUAUUAUAAUUUAAAUAUUUGUAACCAUUAUCUUGAAUUUUUGGAAAAUAGACUUCUAAACUCCAUCCUCAAAAAUUGAAAAUUAAUCACAAAUCAAAUGAUCAUAAAAGUUUAAUCUUUCGCUUGGUAGAUGAAGUAUGGUUAUUUUCUUUUUUCAAAAGGUAAUACUAGUAGCUUUAAAUAUCCACAUACCCACAUCUUACUAUAUUUUAAUCACCUAUGCAAGUAGAUUAUUUUUAACUUUAAAAUCAACUAAUUAAUUAGUGAAGGGUCACAGUGGAUAUUAAUUUUAAAUUCCCACAUGCCCACAUCUCACUAUCUUAAUCACACGUGGUACUUUUUUUAUUUACAUUUAAGUAAACAAUACUAAUUAAUUAGUGAAGGGUUACAAUGGAUAUUGAUUUUAAAUGUUCACAUACCCACAUAAUCAUAAAUGCUCACAUGCUCAUAUCUUACUAUCUUAAUCACUUCUGCACCUAGUAUUUUUUCUUUACAUUUAAAUAAACAAUACUAAUUAGUGAAGUGUUACAAUGAAGAUUAAAUAAAUAAUACUCAUUGAAGAAGGAACAUAAUGGAAAUUACAAAAUUAUCAUUUAGACAAGGAAUCUACAUAAAAGACCUUAAAAGUAGAUCAUAUUAUGUUAAUGUCUUAGAACAUUUCAUUUCUAUUUACAAUAUAUAUAUACAUAUAUUAUUCUCUCUCCCAUGCAUAUAUUCUCUCCUCCAAUGUUCAAGGUCAUUUCUUCCUUCUCCUUCUCUUUUCUCCUUUUUCCUCCCUCACUCUCUUUUCUCCUUCCGGCAGUGUGAGUUACAGAUGGGAAACGGAUGGUGUGGGGCGAUCCAACGACGGGACGAGCACGGGACGACAAGAAUGACGAUGACAAAUCAAAGCGGACACGACAAUGACGAACUUGGAGCAAAUGAACGACGAUGGCGAACUUGGAGCAAAUGAACGGCAACGAUAGACUUGGAGUAAAUGAACGGAGACGGCAGACUCGAAGCAGACGAACGACAGACCCGAUUCAACUUUUAGUUUUUUUUCCUAUUUUUAUAUAUACUGUGAUGUAUAUGUAUUUUUUUUUAGCUUACUAGGAAAUUUGAUAUAUACUGUGGUAUAUGUAUUCAUUUAUCUGAUAUAAAUGAGAGUGUAUUUUUUGAA